AUGCAGCCUUGGAUUCCCCCAGCGCGGGCCUUGGUCACUCCUGACAACAAAGGACGCUUUGACAUGUCUCACUAAAAGUAAGGAUCCAAUUACACGGCUUGUGUGUAUGAGCUCAAAAGGCAACGGUGCCCCCAGUCAAGUUGUGAUUGGCUAUAAUUAAAGUCAAUCAGUCUGGACACCUAGUGCCGUGGCAACUCACUUGGCAACCAGUGCCCAGCAGCAAAACUCAUCCCUUUAUGUUGUCAGUGCACAGUUUGUAUCCUCAAAGGUCUGAGCAGGCGGCCUCACAGCAAGCAAACAUGCCUCCAAAGAAAAAGACAAAAAAGACCACAAAGAAGAACCCUGAAAAAAGUGAAAAUGACUUGGAAGCAAAGUACAGGCGUAGUAUUCUGGAUGUAGCCGUCCUACAGGAUCACAUUGCGUUCCAGUGCGAGUCUGUAAAAACGGUCCAGUCUGAUAGAAUUGACCUGAGGCGACGCAUGAGAGACAUGGAGCAGAAGCUGCAGCAAGAGAAACAAGACCGCAGGGACGUCAACUCUGACCUCAGCCGCCAGUACAAAACCAUGCAGACAGAGCUGACCAACAAGGUGAAGAGGAUGGAGAAAGAGGCCAGCCAGCUGAAGGAAGAACUUGUGUUGUGUCAGGAAGAAUUAAGGAAAGAGAAAAGAGAGCGUGAGCAGGUGGAACGGGAGAAAGACGCCACCAUAGCUGACCUCCAACACAAGCUGGACAACAUGGAAACGGACUAUGAGAAGAUCCUGCAUGAGACUCUGGACAGCCUGACUUCCCAGCUGUCUGUGGCUCGACAGGGAUGGGAAGACAAGAGCACAACCCUUCAUCAAAACUACAAGGAACUGCUCUCCGACUUUGGUCUGAAUGCACUGCACAUCUUAAAGACAUGAGAGCAGCUGCUCUUCUCAGUGACACACACUUGUUUAAUGUUGUAUCUCUAUAUCUCAGUUCUAUUUGAGCCGGCUGUUGCGUCUGUUUGGUUCAAUUGAAAGUGACGUCUGUGACAGUAUCAAUUUGCAACUCACAACUUAGUAUGCCUAACACACAGAUGGAUGCUCUUAUUAUGGGAUUUUACCACCAGAGUACAAAAUAGACUUAGAAAUCUAUGCAUAUAUUCAGUAGCUCACCAUGUUGUGUCUGUAAUGUUGUCUAAUGCCCACUAGAUGUAGCAAAUGACUGUUUACGGUCAGUGACAUGAUGGCCAGAAUAUCUUAGAUACCCAGUGUUUUAUAUGUAUCAAUACUUUUAGUUCUUAAGGGGAGACACUACAGGUGAAUAGGGUCAUUUUUUACUUAUGGAUAUCACCAUAAAACUCCCCCAGUUUGUUAUUUAUAUUAAAACAAUAUUUUUUGCAUUAUGCAUUUUCUGAAAUGUUAUGUUUAGAUAUACAAAUGAGUUGUGAAUUUAUUAAAUAUGUGCUAAAUUCCAGGACAUAUAUCUGAACAUUGGAUUAAAUAAAUUUCAAAGUUAUUAUUUUACUUGGUUGAUAUAUUAGAUUCAAAGUUUUUGUACUGAAGGAUAGCUCCUUUUAUCAUUUCAUGAAUCAGAAAAUACUGGCAAAGGAAAAUGAACAAAAUCUUCCAUAAAUCAGGGUAUGAAUGAUAUAUAGACAAUCCUCUCUGUGAAAGCCUUCAGAAUGUAGUUAGGAAUAAUAACUGAUAAGUUUGGUUUUUAUGAAGUGUAGCUGAAGUUGAGAUUUAUGGCUCAGAGCAUGAGAACAAAUUCAUUUUGAGAAAAUGGCCUUUAAAGAUUUCAUACAUUCUUAAUGAAAAUGACUAUUUGAAGACAAACUAUUGUAUAUAUUUCAAAAACAAUAUAUAACAUUUAAAACACAUAAUAGUGUGUAGGAGAGUGGGAGCUUUCUGAUAAUGCCUGUGAUGACGAGGUUUAGACUAUGUUCACGCUACUACACGCUGCAAUAGAACACUGACUUUUAGUGAAUUUAGGAGAAAUCUACAGGCAUAAAUUGAUCAAAUAUAGUAAAAAUAUAGACCUAAAUGUUUGUUUUGGAUGUUUUCUUUCCACUAUUCUGAAAGAAAACAUUUUAUGGGAGAAAAAUAGC